AUGAGCCGCCCGCCCUCGGCCGGCCCCGGCGCUAGCAAGCCCGGCCCCAAGCCGCCGCCGCCGCCCGCCGCGCCCGCGCCCGGCCCCGCCGCGCCCCCCGCCGGCCCCGGCCCCGCGGCCGCCCCGCUGCCCGAGCUGACGUCGCUGUUCGAGUGCCCGGUGUGCCUGGACUUCGUGCUGCCGCCCAUCCUGCAGUGCCAGGCCGGACACCUGGCGUGCAACCCAUGCCGCCGCGGGCUGCGCUGCUGCCCGACCUGCCGCGGCGCCCUGACGCCCAGCAUCCGCAACCUGGCCAUGGAGAAGGUGGCGGCGGCCGUGCGCUUCCCGUGCAAGUACGCCACCACCGGCUGCUCUCUGACGCUGCACCACACGGAGAAGCCGGAGCACGAGGAUGUGUGUGAGUUCCGGCCCUACGCCUGCCCCUGCCCCGGCGCCUCCUGCAAGUGGCAGGGGGCCCUGGAGACGGUCAUGUCGCACCUGAUGCUGGCGCACAAGAGCAUCACCACGCUGCAGGGGGAGGACAUCGUCUUCCUGGCCACGGACAUCAACCUGCCGGGCGCCGUGGACUGGGUCAUGAUGCAGUCCUGCUUUGGCCACCACUUCAUGCUGGUGCUGGAGAAGCAGGAGAAGUACGAGGGGCACCAGCAGUUCUUCGCCAUCGUGCUGCUCAUCGGCACGCGCAAGCAGGCCGAGAACUUCGCCUACCGGCUGGAGCUGAACGGGAACCGGCGGCGGCUGACCUGGGAGGCCACGCCGCGCUCCAUCCACGACGGCGUGGCCGCCGCCAUCCUCAACAGCGACUGCCUGGUCUUCGACACGGCCAUCGCGCAUCUGUUUGCGGACAACGGGAACCUGGGCAUCAACGUGACCAUCUCCACCUGCUGCCCCUGACGUGCCCGGCUCCUCCGUUUAAUAAAAGGUUUUAUAGAGGUUUA